CUCUAAGUAGCGUAGUGUUGGAGCGCAAUCUUGGACUUUGCAAGGGCGUGCUGUCAUAGCGGCUGCCGGUCAUUUAGAGCUGCCCCUCCUCCCGAGCCUGCCAGACCUGCUCGGCCAGCAAGUUUUCUGCGCUCACUUGAUUGAACCCGACUAAGAUACACCUGGGCAGAGUACAUCUUUUGGUGAAGCGGCAGCACAGCCCAGUCAGUUCCAGCGACUCGCAAAAGUCCAGGGGACCCCACUCCAGAUCGGCUGUGACGGGCUUCACUUGCGCAAGGGCAGAGGACGGGCAAAAAACCCCCCUCCUUCCCGACACUGGGUCAAGCACCUGCUCUGCUAAAAUAUACCGGCGGCUUCAAAACAGCAAGUCGCGCAGCGGUCCUGUCCUCCCUACCACAGGAGUGCCAGUGUUAGAGCUGGCUGCCCUCCUCACCCUGCUCUCGUACCCGGCCUUCACCAUGCACGGCUCCCACAAGAUCACGGCUGGCUUGAGUCGGCGCCGCAGGCACUCCAACGCCAGCAGUGCCCGAUCCUCACAAGAUGGCAGCAUCACCGGCGACAUUGACGACGACACCACCUCGGUCGAUGCGGAACAGGGCAAUGUCCUCACCCACAUCAUCUCUCAGCUGCGGCCUGGCGCAGACCUAAGCAGGGUCGUCCUGCCAACUUUCAUUCUCGAGCCGCGAAGCAUGCUGGAACGCAUCACCAACUUCAUGUGCCACCCCGAGAUGCUGCUAUCCAUACCCGAGCUCGAGGACCCUGUCGACCGCUUCGUUUCUGUGGUCAAAUUCUACCUGAGUGGUUGGCACAUUAGACCUCCUGGUGUGAAGAAGCCGCUGAACCCCAUUCUGGGCGAGAUACACACCUGCUACUGGGACCUGCCAGACCACACGAGGGCCUACUACAUCUCGGAACAGACGUCUCACCACCCGCCCAAGUCGAGCUACUUCUACAUGGCACCGAGCCACCAUAUCCGGAUAGACGGCACUCUGAAGCCUAGAAGCAAGUUCCUUGGCAAUUCGGCCGCCAGCAUGAUGGAGGGCAUCGCUGUGCUGAGCCUGACAAACAGGGGCAAGAACCCAAAGAAGGGCGAGCAAUACUGGCUCACACAACCCAAUAUGUACGCUCGAGGUAUCCUGUUUGGGCAGAUGAAAUACGAGCUUGGAGACGUCAGUGUCGUGAGAUGCCCUGAGCUCAAGCUCAGCGCAGAGAUCGAAUUCAAGACCAAAGGUUGGGUCAGCGGCACCUACAACUCUAUUGGCGGCACGAUCAGGAACGACGAGACUGGCGAGGCAUUGUUCGAGCUGUCUGGUUUGUGGAGCGAGGAGAUGUAUGUCAAGGAUCUCCGGACCGGCCAACGAGAAAUGUUUUUCAAUGCUACCAGGGCGAAGCCAUCACGCCCGCGCAUCCGACCUGUCGAGGAACAAGAGGAGGGCGAGUCUGUGCGGUUAUGGAGGAAGACGGCGCAGGCUGUCAAGGAGAAGAACCACGAGGUUGCGACCGACGAGAAGACCAAGAUUGAGGAGGCGCAGAGACAGGAGGCCGCGAAGCGCCAAGCAGAGGGCACGAAGUGGCACCCCAAGCUCUUCCGAAGGGUCAGGGACGGCCCUGGCGGGGACGAAGCGGAGCUCAGCGACCUGGAAUGGAUCAUUGACAGUGAGAUUGAUCAUAGCGCAGAACCCGAGAAGCUUGUGGAACACAUUACAUCGAUCUACCCGAUUCUCAAAGGUCAAACAUUGGCAAACAAGCAAGCAGCUCCGCAGCCAACACAGCACAGCGAGAACAAUUCCAACCACAGCCAACCCAGCGACAACCUGAUCGAUUUCAGCGAGUCUUCCGGCGCUUCAGCUACUCCACCACCGCAAACCGCUCCUGCGGCAGCAGCACCAGCACAGCAGAAGAGUGGAAGCCAGGACAUCUCGGCCAUGCUUCAGACAACUGGCAAGGAGGCCGGCGAGGGUCCCCUGAUCGACUUUGGCGCCGACCUCAAGAAGGACCUGCCUGCAGCCGAGACUAAGGACGACGGCAAGAACAAGCCCAUCAUCAGAAGAUCCGAGACUGAGGACACGGAUGAUGCAUUCUACGACGCUGAAAGCUGAGACUUUGGGAGAAGAAGCGCAUGUGGUUUCAACACGGUGCGAAGGGGAAGUUAGCGUUAGAUUAUAUACAACAAAGAAAGACGUAUUUGUUAAUACCAAGAUUUGGCCUGGCACUGGCAAAAAGCGGCAUCUACAUCGGCCAUGGGAAUGAUCUUAAGCGACUCAACGCAGAUGCACAAGAUUGUCCAAACUGGUCUG